CAAAACCCAGCCGCGGCAGGCAAUAUCUUUCUGCUUGCGCGCGGUCUGGAAAUUAUGAAAUACAUAACUGAAUACAAUAACACAACAUCUAUAUAUAUACAUAUAUAUAUACAUACAUAUAAUACGUAACUGUGUAUUUCCGUCUUUCGAUUGAAGUAUAUUAUUGUGUACGUACAGUUGUUGAUGGCGUGUUGUGCAACUAUGGCUACACUCCGCAGUCUCUUGAUUUUGGUGUUUCUACAUCAGGUCGGUAAAAGUAACGCAAAUGGGCCAUGUAGCAGCAAGAAGUAUAAUAUUACUACUCUAAAGAAUGAUCGACGCAAUAUAGCGUACAAUAAAACUACCAACUUGUGUGAUCGUAAUUUAAUAAAAAAUGGAGCAUGGUACAAAUUUGAGAGCACGGCGGGCAAUCCGCAGAUGCUGCCUGAAAAAAAUCCUGGGACUGGUCGUUGUGGGACCUAUAUUCCCAUAUGGAUGAAUGGGAAACAUCCAACGGUUGACGGCGUGGUUACUAAUGUUACAGCGUGUGCUCAACUAUUAUCUGUGGGUUCUACCUGUGAUACUGAAUACAAUAUCAAAGUUAUUAAAUGUAAAAGUUUCUUUAUUUAUGAACUGAAGCCACCGAGCCAGUGUUACCUAGCUUAUUGUGCAACAGCAGGUAAGAAUUUUAGACAAAAUUUAAAUGUGAUGCCUAAUGUGGCCAAAAUACAUAAUAGCCAAUAUAAAACUAGCCUGCGUAGCAGACUUUUAAUGCGGGCGGGAGAAGAGAGGGCGUCGUUAAAUAAACACCUGCUCAAAUAGCUAUAACUAAUUUGUUUUUGAUUGCCAUUGGUCAGUCUCGUUAACUGAAGUAAUUACGUACCUCAAAUGUCAACCACAAUUUUGCACGCGUAUCGAAUAGCAGAUAGCCGUAUACAUGUAUUUCUCAUAAAAAAAUAUGCCUGCCUGUUAAUGCUUUGGAGGAAACUCUUUCUUCAAGUAUUCAGGCUUCGAAAUUCAGUUGAAAUCAAAACAGAGAUAGCCUAUUAUUAACUUGCUACGUGGUGAAGCAGGGCCCUUUUUAAUAUGCAAAUGACCCCAGUCCCCCCUUGUGCCCCCCCCCCAACACGGAAUCACAUUUUGCCCACCCCUCCAUACAUAAACGGAAAGUAAGUUUUAGGCUUUAUUCUUAGUCCUUGUUUAACAAAAUCGAUUUAAAUUGUACGUUUUUCUGUAGUAUUUUUGGUGCGUUUUUCCUUCUUUUAUUUCAAAUACAGGUAUAAUAACAUAGACUUCAGAGCAAGUUUGGAUGCUCAGAAUGCAGGAAAUAGCAUUUCCGACGUGGCCUUUGGCCAUUGCAUGAUAUCCCCCUCUAAUAAGUAAUGAUGAAUUACGGUUAAUUUUUUUUAAACUUUUUGUGCGUUUUUCCUUCUUUUAUUUCAAAUACAAGUACAUGCAUAAAUUUUGGAGCAAAUUUGGAUGCUCAGAAUACAGGAGAUGGCAUUUCCCGGUUUCAAAUUUCAAAUAUUUUUGGGGGGAAGUACGCCCCCACCCCGCCCCCUAUAUAUGCGUGAUAUGUCGGCCAUACACAUGGCCUUCAGCCAUUGCCUAUCCUCCUCCAAUAUAUUGUCUCACAUAAAUGUCCCUUUUCAAAAAAAUGCCCCCCGCCCCCACGGGGAAAUCCUUAAAAUAGGCCCUGUUGUGAAGACGCCGGUUAUCGCGAUUCUUCCUACGGGAUACGGAAAAGUUUGAUCUUUCAAUUAUACAUUUAUAUCGGCAAAUGAAAGCUUGCUAUUUUAAUAGCUCUGAUGCCAGCACGAGCAGGGAUCGAAAAUUUUUUUAUAGCUGUCUUGUUAUUUGUCCACUUUAGAGUAUAAUUCAAAAGACCAGGGGCCGGUUGUAUAAAAAAAAUGAUUAAAGUUAAUUAUAGUUAGUGGAAACGUCAUCCAAUAAGAAGCCCGUAUUUAAGUGUUAAUCACUAUUUAACUACAAAAUAGUGAUAAAAAGGUGAUUAAUUGCUUUGUACCAGCCCCACAACCGGCCCCAGAUAUAGUUGAGGCUACAUUACUUGGCAUUGCAGCUAUGAAGUUGGACGAUGAUUUUAAGAAAAACAUUUCAAAAUAUGCUCAACUGUUAUUUGCUAUAUACAGCAGAAUACGAUAGGUGGUUCAGGAGCCUUUUAAAGGAUAAAAGCUCUGUGUUGUGACUGUUGUCUAAAAUAGCUUCAAAAAGUCACUCAUUAAUAAUUCAUGAGGAAAACGCAAUUAAAAAAAUCAUAAACGUGUCAUAUCUUUAUAUGUGAUAGAGAUUUCCCUUGAUUUAUAUAAACUUUAACUUUGAUUUUAUUGACAUACACAACGUCAACGAAUUUUUUGAAAGUUACUUCGCCAAUGAACUUACUAGAAUUAAAACAUUCGCAGUGCAUGUUUUAUCAGACCAUCAGACCAUCUUUAUUUCAGAUAAAAAACUGCUGCUCAUGUUUUAAAUAGUACAUAAAAUCUCUGAAAAUCUUCCUAGUUGCCGAGCAAAAAGAAGAUUGGAUUAUGGUGAAGGUGCUAAUUACAAAACGUCAAUCAUCCUUGAUGGGCAAAAACACAUUUGUCAUAGCCGUUUGGGAGGUGUUUCCUCAAACGACGCCCUCUCUUGAAGUCUUUUCUCCCUCCCGCACUAAACGCCUGCUACGCAGGCUAAUAUAAAACAAAAACCGAGAAAUGAAAACAUCUUUAAAUUAAACCCAAAAUAUGGACUAAAACAAGACGUAAAUUUAAAUUAUUUUAAUAUCUAAUUUUCGUAAACUUUUCAUUUUAUAUAGCUAACAACGUUUACUGUGCAUUAAUUUUUUUAAUAACAACUGUACUUAAUCAAAGAUGGCGGAAAGUGAAGAGUUUGUUGAGCUCAGUAUACACGAGGUUAUUGAGUAGUGUAUCUUAUAAAAUAACAUGUAUAUAACGCGUAUAUUUUCUCUCAUAGACCAAUCAGAUUUACAACCGAAAUACGGUUGUACAGCAUGCACUUUUCGGUUAAGGUUUGUAUCAGGCUUAUUUAUUUAUUUAUAGGCCUGAUCGCAGGUUAAGUAUAUCGCUGAAACCACACCAAAAACACAAAAAGAGAAAAUCACCAGGGGUUUUCCGUGUUCCAAAGUAAAUUUGCGGUUGAAUAAAGUCUAACGAUUAUGAGAGGUUAAAGAGUUUCGAAUUCGAAAAAAAUAAAAUUUGGCUUUGUUUUAUUCCUGACCUUAGAUAUUUUGUCAAAACUUAAUUUCAACUUAAUUUACGGCAAUUGUAAAUAAAUACUAAGUCUUGUUGUUUUCUUGUCAUAGACUCAUAGUAUAAUUUUGGCAUUGAACUUUUUUCGCUACUUGCAAGUGUUUACUUCAGCGUGUACUCAAAUUGAAUAUUAAAACGUUUCAUUAUUAAGAGCUCGUGUGUUUUGGGGGUUUUACAAGCACUCGUUCACGAAAAAAAAUCUCGAAAUUUGAUACUGAAUUCGUUUUCGCCUCGUGUAGUAGAAAAAUUCUUGUCUCUUGCUCGUAAUCCCGCUAACACACUCCAAUAUCGUGGAUGGUUAAAAAAAAAUGAAUAGGAAACAGCUGUCAACGCCAGCAGACGUGACGUAUAUGUCCAAUAUAACGAAUAUUUUAAAUUUAAUUUGCUUAAAAAAUAAUUAGGAAACACGAAAACAAACCGGCACAGAAGGCUGAGACGCCAUCAGCAUGCUGAAAUUCUGAAAACAUGCGUGAUCGUGAGUUUCCACUGUUUUUAUGAUCCAUGAUUACAUUUCAAUCGUAUUACAGAAUCAGCAUGCAGACAAAAAUCAUCAGUUGCAAGGUUAUAUUACACACAUCUGAUCGUUUAUUAUUUUGGAAAGUAUCUUGCUAUAUCAACAUUUGCUGUUUACAGUGAUGUUAUAUGUUCUUCUAAUUUGUAAGCAGCGCUUCGAGUGGCAAGAAAGGCGAUGAAACUAGUAAUAAACUUUGAACAGUAUAAAGCUAAACUAUAAACAGCAUAUAUUUGGCGUGAUAUAUAUUCUAUUUACGUCUAGUCGAGUGUGAGAAAUUUGAAAGUUGGUAUGCAUAGGAAGUAUUAAUGAAAAUCGCAUGCGUGUUUGGCGAAAUAUUUAUACAAUUAUAAUUAACUACUUGGCUACUGAAAAAAUGUAAUUCGCUACAGAGUUCGCUACAGCUACAACUAUAUACGGUUUUGUAGAAGCAUGGAUAAUAAAAUAAAUGAAUAGGACUCUAGCUGAUGUAAGCAAAAACAACCUAGUUGCAAUCUGUGACGUCACGCGUAUUGCAAAGUUCUCGGCAUUUUUUUUGGUGUUUCGCUAUACUUUCCGCUUUAAAAGAGUAAUAUUGAAGCAUAUACUGGUCUAAUUGUUUUAAAAACAUGCCUAAGCCACGACAAAGUAUUCAAGGUAAAUGUUUUUCAUCUUUGUUUUGUAUUUUUUUACAUUUUAGCUACGAAAUUGGCGUCCCCAAUUUUAACGAAAUUUGGGACGCCUUUUUCACUGUUUAGUGUUGAAAUAUUUGCCAAAAAUUAACUGGGAAUACUUAGAGAUUUCAUCGUAGAAUGGCGGGGUUAUAUUCAUUUGCUCUUUGACUAAAAUGUUUAGCUGUAAUUGCUAAACAUGCCGUUUUUGAGAAUUUGGUUUGCAACUAUGUUUGAACAUCCAAUCACGCCAUCAGCCCAUUGAAAACAUUAGGUACGUCACGUCAGCUAGUUUCCUAUCCAUUUAUUUUAUUAUCCAUGGUAGAAGUAAUCAAAAACUUACUCGCUGUACUUGAAAAUUGUUAUUCGCUAUAUACAGUAGGAAAUUCGCUACAGUAGGGAAUUCGCUAUACUUGGUCAUUUAUCUGGCCUGAAAGCAAAUAUAUCACCAACCUCGUACCCAGGCUCUUACCUUCGCACGCCCCAAGCUGCGGAAAGACCCUGGUGCCGGCUGGUCACGUGGCUCCCAGGAUAUUAAUUUACCAAGGGAGGGAUGGACAAAUCUAAAUUACAAUGCUUCCACUUUCCAAUAGUAAAAUUCGUUGGCAAGGUGCGGACGUAUUGGUUUGAAUUGCAAAAAUAGCACUUUAUAUCGCAAUUUGUCAGUGUAUAAUUUGUAUUGAAUAUUUCGUGUCAAAUUGCCAAUUAUGCGCGCGUUUGUGUUCUUUUUGUCAUUCACAUGCUGCCAGGCCAUAGAAGCAAAGUUGAUAAUUUCAACGGAGACUCGAACGGAGAUGCUCGAGUUUCAUUGCAUUUCUUGCUUGUUUGGAAUUCGUUGUUCGAAAUAGUGCAUAUCAUAACAACAUACUGUACUGAAGCCGAAGCAACUAAGCAAGUUCUUUGUUUGGAAAGUAUUUAUUUAUUUAUUCAAUUUUGCCAGGUUAAAUUACACGAUUGAUAACAUUGUGUUCUAACUUCGACAAGAGUCACAAUUUAAACAUACAGAUCUCCAUGUUCUUGGGUCCUGCAUCAAAACAACUGUGCAGGGCUUUCAAAUAAUACUGUUGUAAAGCCCCGCCGGUUUACACGAGCAAAUUUUAUUUGGCAAAUUUCAUUUGAUCAAAUGCAUUUGAUCAAAAGCUAGCAUGCUAGCUUUUGUUCAAAUGCAUUUGUCACAAUAAAUUUUUCACAAAUUUAUCAUCUACACGAGCAAAAUAUCUUUGACAUUCAAUUUGCAAUUUGCCCGUGUAAACGGGCCUUAACAAACUCUUAAAUGUACUUAAACAUAUAUUAUUUAUUCGACAAAAGAUGUUAUUAAUAAUUUGUAUCCUACCAACGGGUAAUAUGGAAAGUAUCUGAUUUUCCAUCUGAUCCAUUGUUGUUGUCUGCAAGAUCAUAUUUAAUAAACAAGUCGAUUUUCUUUCUCCAUGAAAAUCACUUGAGAUAUCUACUCAGGAUGGUUCGUGUAUUGUUAUAGUUGUGUUUCCCUUGAAUUCACUGAAACAAGAUCAAAUAUCUCGACUGAAAUCAAGUGGCCUUCGCGCGUCUGCCAUUCUAUAAAUAUUCGCAAAAAAUAUUCCAUGGGCAUGGAGAAAUCACAAUUGGAUUGCACAUUUUGGGUUUAAAUGGGAAUUACUAACAUACGUAUACGGAUGACUAUAUUUAUUAAUUGCGGUAAAGUAUAUUGGUAGAUGAUAUUCAUAAACAAUUGACUUACUUCUAUUGGCAUGGAUAAAGGUGUAGCAGAUCUAGUUUCAUCACUCGAGGAGAACACACAUUUGACAAAGUCAGUAUAAACUAUAAAAGCCAAACUGCGCCUUCGACUUUCAACUACAGCAACAUUUGCCGAAGAUCUGGCAACGGAUAGAGAAACUUCAGGGCAUCGCUUAGAUCGGGAAUCUUUUACUAAUGAUUUCUGUGUUUCGGAAAUUACAUUCUUGAACGAAAUCGUAUUAUUUAAUCGUCGUUCACAAGGACGGCACUCGAUCGGCAGAUCAAAUACGGAAAGUCAUCAACAUGCGGCAGUUUCUCGCCAUAAAUCAGCUCCGUGUUAUUCAAAAUUCUUUAACUUGUUUUGUUGAAGAGAUUCUUACAAUGUAUCUGAUCUUGUACACCAUUAUAUAUCGACAACGAGAACUAUUUUCAGUUGAUCCAGGAGAUCUUUUUGUAAAAAUUUCUUUGGCGUGCUUUUGCUAAGCCGAUAAUAGAUAUAGUGACAGUGAAAUAUGAGAUAUUUGUAAUCCUUGAGAGCAAUAUGAUACUCUUUCGGCUGCAACACAUGAUUAAUCUGUUGUUUUAACAUUUCUUCAAGAAAAAAUCUUUUAUUAUUGUCUCGUAGAGUUAGAAUUUUACUAUUUUACAAAUUCAGAAACAAUUUCAAUACGUACAAAUCAUUUCUACCACCCCUCCCUAAAUAGCAAUUUAUUUUAGCACCCAAAAUCUGGGAGCCACGUGACCAGCCGGCACCAGGGUCUUUCCGCAGCUUGGGGCGUGCGAAGGCAAGAGCCUGGGUACGAGGUUGAUAUAUCACUUGAACGAAAGAACCGCAUUCAAUCUUGUUGCAAUUUAACAAAAACUUUUUCAUCUCUUGCUGAGGUAUAGUAGAAAUGUUCAAAAAAGCGAACCUUUCAACAAAGCUCCAGAUUAUAUGAAGUUCGAUCUUUGUUACCAUAAAGUAACACUCUCUUCCCCUUUAACUUUCGACAAUUUUUAAUAACCUUUUCCUUAGCACGAUAACAUCUGAAUUUAAAAAAGACGAGUUCUGUUGCGAAAAAAAUUGAGAUCGUUUCAUAGCAAUCUUCAUCAAUUUUUUCAUACAAUGCCAGAUAUUCUAAGCCAGUUAUACUUUCAGCAGCAAUUGCUACUAGUAAUGUGCUUCCUUAAAUCCUAAUGACAUUUUUGCGAAGGCUAGCGCACAACGUAACAAGCUAUUCGAUUAUGCUGAGACUGUUUUAUUGCCAGUAGUAGCUUACCCCCUAUUUGUUUAAUAUAAUUUCUAGCAACAACACCAGGAGGAGGUAGGACAACACUUUCUCCAGCUACACCACCUACAACAACAGGUAAGUACAGUACUUAAAUAUUGAAUGGUUAAAAAAUAAAACAAAUCUUCAGAAAAUCUUCCUGAUCGCCCUAGUCGUGAAGGACUGGUACAAGCUAGAUUAGCGCUAACCUCGGGUUGUAAUUUUACGCGCUGUUUUGGUUUGGGUACAUUUGCAC